AUGUUUGCAUUAAAAAGUAUCGGGAUUCACGCCAGAACCUCGGUCCGUGUCGGAACCUUGGCGAACAACUUGAGGUCAUCUGUUCGUCUCAACUCGUCUGCGCCCACUAUGAACUGGGGUGACUUUUUCAGAUUGAGAAAACAGAACAAGAGGAUCAACACUGCCAGUUCGGUUGUGACGGCCUUUUUGGGCGCUUUCGCCACCUUGACGUACUUGGGAAAUGUGGAGAUUGAUGUGGAAAAGCCAAUCAUGGGACUUGAUCCAUUUAUGGUCAUGGGAGGUGCGGUCAGUUUAGGUGGAUUCGUUGGCUAUGUAGCGGGCCCAUCUGUGGGGAAUGUGAUCUUCAAGAUGGUUAACCGUUCUGCCAUGGCGCAAUUCAAGGCCAAGGACAAUCUUUUUUUGCAGAGAAUCAAGUACAACCGUGUUGAUCCCUCGUCGCAGUCUUUCUCCAAUCCUGUUCCUGAUUAUUACGGAGAGAGGAUCUACUCGUUGGAGAACUACAAACAGUGGUUGAGAGACUGCAACGCUUUCAGAAGAAAGGCCAAGGAGUUCAUUUAG